UCGGCUCGCGGAGCCGAGGAGCGCGGCCGGCUCCGCAGCCUGGGAUCCGAGCUUGCGGCUUCCGGGAGGUGCCCGAGGUCGGAUAAAUACAUCCCGGGCGCCCGGGCAGCCGCGGCCGCCGCCCGCACCGCGCUCCGCAGGGCACCGAGCCGGCCGGCGAAGGCGCGGCGCCCGCUCCUCCUCCUCCCGCGGCCGGCGCGGAGCCGCAGAGAGCGGCGGGCUCGGCCGCCGGCCCCGGGCCGCGGAGCCGAUGAGCGGCGGCGGCUGAGGGCCCGGGCCGGCCUCCGCCCGCCCUCUACCCGGCGCCCGAGCGGGGCCGCAGCGCCCGGGGCGCGGGGUCCGGGUCCGGGCCGGUGACAUGGGGGCGGACUGACCCCGGGGCGGCCGAGCGCUCUCUCUCGAGCCCCGGGCCUCCUCGGCGGCGGCGGCGGCGGCUGCGGGCGCCCGGCGCCCACGGGAGCCUCCGGCGCGCUCUAUGCGCCUCUGCGGGCGCCGCGGGCCCCGGCCAUGGCGAUAGACCGGCGGCGCGAGGCGGUGGGCGGCGGGCCCGGGCGGCAGCCGCCCCCGGCCGGGGAGAACGGCUCCCUGCCUCCCGGGGACGCGGCGGCCUCGGCGCCCCUCGGGGGGCGCGCGGGCCCCGGCGGCGGCGUUGGCGGCGGCGGCGGGGAGAUCCAGCCGCAGCCCGCGCCGCAGCCCGCCGGCGGCGGCCCGCACCCGGGCUGCUGCUCGGCGGCGGCGGCCCCGAGCCUCCUGUUGCUGGACUACGACGGGUCGGUGCUGCCCUUCCUCGGAGGCCUGGGCGGGGGCUACCAGAAGACCCUCGUGCUGCUCACCUGGAUCCCGGCUCUCUUCAUCGGCUUCAGCCAGUUCUCGGACUCCUUCCUCUUGGACCAGCCGAACUUCUGGUGCCGUGGGGCCGGCAAAGGGACCGAGCUGGCAGAGGUCACCGCCACGGGCCGGUGGGACGCCGGCGAUGUGGCCAACUGGACCAGCCCCCCGACCACCCCCUUCACUGUCGCCUGGGGGGCCGCGGGCAACCUUAGUAACAGCAGCGGCGCGGACGGGGGCGACACGCCACCCCUGCCGUCCCCUCCGGACAAGGGGGACAACGCCUCCAACUGCGACUGUCACGCGUGGGACUACGGCAUCCGCACAGGCCUCGUCCAGAACGUGGUCAGCAAGUGGGAUCUUGUGUGUGAUAAUGCCUGGAAGGUCCAUAUCGCUAAGUUCUCCUUACUGGUUGGAUUAAUCUUUGGCUACCUAAUAACUGGAUGCAUUGCUGACUGGGUCGGCCGGCGGCCUGUGCUGCUGUUCUCCAUCAUCUUCAUUCUGAUCUUUGGACUGACUGUGGCACUGUCAGUGAAUGUGACAAUGUUCAGCACACUCAGGUUCUUUGAAGGAUUUUGCCUGGCCGGGAUAAUUCUCACCUUGUAUGCAUUACAUGACUCUUCUGGAGGAAAAGCUGUUCAGGAACCACCUUCCAAUUGCUGGUCGACGAACGUGUGAGACCCAGCAAAUAUUUGGGGUGAAGUGACGGACAGCGCCUUGUUUUGUGUGUUAGUUUUGCUGUCCCCUCUGAGGAAGCAUUUCUCUCCACAUGAACAAGCCACCCUCUACACAGCAUCCAGGCCUUUAGGAACUACGUGCACCGAGCCUGAGUGGAGUGUCCUGUUAGGCUCUUUCCCAGGAUGUGGGGACCCGUCUAGCUCUUUUCCCUGGAGUCCACCAAACUCCAUGGCGGGCAGAGAGCAGAUGAGCCGGCCCUCCCCUCGCCACGUGUGCAGCUCCCUCUGGCUGAGACUCUGGAUGUGGGGCCUUGCUGGUGGUUCUCUGUGAAGUCAGACUAUAGGCCCUCUGGCUGUCUUUAAAGCUGUGACCUCUACCCAUGGGAACCAGCCUGAGGGAGUCUGGGAAGCCAAGGAAGGGUUGCAGCGGCAGGGCUGCUCCCAGGGGAGGCUCAGGGGCCUCUGCUCUCUGGGGCGGCGUUCCCAGGUGACCGAGAAGGACAGCAGAGGCCCAGGCGUGGAGUUCCCUCGGAGCUUCCUGCCUGGAACACAGAGACUGGAAAAUUGUGGGUUUCCGACUGAGGGCUGCUGCUUUGCCUUCGUUUCCCCUCUGCGGGGCCUUUGCUGGUUCCUGUAGAAAAGGAUGCUUUGUGUGCAGCAGAGCUGGCUCUGCUUGCUCUUCUUUGAAAGCUGAAAGAUGCUUGUGUCCCUUCCAACUUGUGCCUUUUGAAAGCAUCUCCAUGCUUGAUACUGGUUUUGUGUCAGUUCUGGGAAAGAGCUCAGAACUCCCUCCAAACUCUUGUCAGGGUGGGGGCAGGGGAGGAAUUAAGAGCCAUUUACUUCUAGCCCAGCCCCCCAGCCAUAUCAGCUUUACGUGAGAAAGAGAGAACUUCUGCUAGUUCCAUGUGACUUGGAAUUUCUCAUUGUCUCUUCUGUGAAAUCUAGAGUUGAGCCCCACCUGGGUGACCCACUCUCCCUGUCGUCACUCCUGCUCCUCUCAGCUCCCACUUUGUCUCUGGGUUGGUGACUUGGCCUAGGCCUGCUCCCCUGCUCCCCUGUCCCUUUCAUGGUUCAGCUUCCACUCUGGCUCUCUAGCCUUGUUCUCUAACGUUCUGAGGACAAGACACCUUUCCAAGACUUACCUCAGCCCCUCUUCCCCGAGAAGCCGGCCAGCCUAGAGGUGCCCCCUCCACAGGGAGUCACCAGGUGGGGGCUGUGCAAAGAUGCAACGGAGGAGCAGCUGGGAAGGUUUUCCCAAAGGGCUCGGGCCACAGGGGGCUGUGCAGGCCUGGUAAGAUGUUGGGCUUGACUCUGUGGGCAAUGGAGAGCUAUUGCUGGCUUUUUGAGAGAGAAAGUAAUGUAUUCUGUUGUGUGCUUUGGGUGAUAACUCGGGGGUCAUGUCCUUCGUGUCCCUUGGGCUGCCGUGAAGCAGCAAGUGUUUGUGCGGUUUGACAAGUUUGACCUGAUAAUUUCCUCUUUGAUGCAUCCCUGGAAAAAGUUAGUUGGAGAACUAAUCACCAAAUCCCAUAGAUGGAACUUACCAAAACCAUUCAUCCUGUUGGCAGUUUUGUCACCGAAAAGAUGAUCUUCUUUGGAAUCAUCUUGCAGCUUAGCUUCCUCAUGUUUCUUGUGGGCUCUGGAGUCCUGUGCGUAUGGAGCCUACCAACCAUGUGUCAGGAUUAUUGUUAAACUUUCAUGUGAACUCGGAAUUGUCGGGGAGGAUCAAGUUACUCUAGGAUAUGUGAAUCUUGUUCUUUAAAAGAGUUUAAUUGAGGGGCCUGCCCGGUGGCAAAAGCGGUUAAGUGCGCGCGCUCUGCUGCUGGUGGCCCGUGGUUUGCCAGUUCAGAUCCCGGGCGCGUACUGACGCACCGCUUGUCAGGCCAUGCUGUGGCGGCAUCCCAUAUAAAGUGGAGGAAGGUGGGCAUGGAUGUUAGCCCAGGGCCAGUCUUCCUCAGCAAAAAGAGGAUUGGCAGAUGUUAGCUCAGGGCCGAUCUUCCUCACAAAAAAAAAAGGGGGGUGGUUUAAUUGAGUUACAGAACACACCACCCAUUGAAUCCCGAGCUGAGGUCCUGGGAUAUCACAUACCCGAAUCCUGUUUUUUCCUUUGUAAUCAUUACCCCAAAACACAGUGGUGCUCUCUGACUCAUUCGUGGUUGGAUCUUAUUUUCCGUUUCCUUUGUGGGGUCACUGUAGGGUCUUAUUUCAUGUUCUCUUCAGGGGAUAAUUGCUCUUUUGCUGUUUUUCCAAGCUCUCCUUUUUGGCAUUUUUCCUUUCUACCUUGUGACAGUAGAAGCAAAUGUUUGCACAGUUGGCUUUUCCGCUCCAUCACUGCUGCUUUGGCGUCUGUGUGCAGUUGGGGGAGGGGCUCUGCCGCCAUCAGCAGAGGAAGAUCAUCCCUUUUGUUUCCAUGCCCCUUCUUAAAGGGAUGAUAAGGCAACUCAGAAUGAAAUAGCAGUUGAAAACCUUAGGAUAAUUACCCUCUGAAAACUUAUGCAGACCUCUGAUCUCCUCAAAUAUUGAAAGUUGUUAUGAACAGUUUAUAAACAUGAACCUGAAGAAUGUGGGCAAAGGAGUGAGAACAGUGGUUGUUACAUGUCUAAGUCAUAAAAGAAAAAAUAAAACCGAAUGGAAAAACAUGUGUUUAUUUUCUUUCUCAUUCUUUCUCACACAUAAUCCUAUGAGACCAGGCAAACCAAUCAAAAUAAACUAUUUCUAAAGAGGUUUAGGUGAGAGCUUUCUAAGAGAACUUGCUCCAACAAUAGAAAUGGUCUCUCUCUGCACCGUCCAGUUCUCAGCCACUGGUCACAUGUGGCUACUGAGCACCUGAGAUGGGGCUCAUGUGACUGAGGGACUGAAUCUGUAAUUUUAGUUAAUUUUAAUUAAUUAAAUUUAAGUAACCACAAGUGGCUAGUGGCUACUAUAUUGGUCAGCCCUGCUAGAAACGUGGCCUUAAAUCAUUUCCAUACGAUUUAUUUCACCAACUGUGACCUCCCUACCGACCUUCAGACUCACAUAUCCAGCUGCCUAGUGGAUAUUCCACUUGGGUGUCCAAUAGACAUUUUAAAUUCAGUGUGGCCAAAAUAGAACCCUCAUUCCUCCCACUUCCUCAAAGCUACUCCUCUCUGGUCUUUCCCAUAUCAAUAAGUGGAACUACCAUCCAUGCAGUUGCUCAAGCCAAAAAUGUUUGAGUCUUUCUUCUCUCUCUCCUUUGAUCAGCAAGUCUUUUCAGCAACUCCUUCAAAUUAUAUUCUGAGUCCCUCGAUUGCUCUCCACCUCCACUGCAACCCCUGAGGCAAAGCCUUUUCAUUUCUUGCCUUGUGGAUAACUACAGUAGGUUCUUGACCCAUCUUCCUGCUUCCUAUGCAAACCUCUACAACUAAUUCUUUACUUACAACCAGGGUAAAAUUUAUACAACGUGAAUCAGACCUUAUACUCGCCUACUUCCUCUGAAUUAGUUAGCAAUGGCUUCACUGUGAAAGACUGAAAGCCAAAAACAAAGUAGACGUUUAUUUCUACCAUCAAUAUAGUCAGUCCAGGACUGAUAUGGACAGUCUCAUGACACUGGGGCCCACACCCUUCCUGUCCUGCUAACCCAGCCAUCAUGUCCAUAUUCCAGCCAGCAAAGAGGUGGAAAAAAAGGAGGAGGGAACACUCCUUCCCAUUAAGGUCACUUCUCAGAAGUCACAGGUGCCACUUCUUACAUUCCAUUGGUAUGUAACCUGCCCACACCCAGUUGCAAGGGUGGCUGGGAAAUAUCAACUUAUUUUUUACAACCACAGCCUGCGGAAGGAGGGGAGAAUGGGUAUGGGGGAUAACUAGUGAUCUUCACCACACCCUCUAAUCCAGACUCCUCAUCGCAGCCUAGGAGGUACUACAUGGUCUGAUCCCUGCUGAUCAAGCACCAUAUUCCAGCCUAACUGACCUUCUUUUGGUUCUCUACAUGCCAAGCUCUUGCUUGUUCCUUAGGUCAUUUGUACUAGCCUUUCUCUCUGUCCGAAAUGCUCCGUCCCUGACCUCUGCAGGCCCGGCCGUGGCUUGUCACUGUGCUUCUGCUCAUGUGACACCUGCAAAGCUUUCUCAGACCACCCAUCUACUUGUCACCCAAACUUUAGAAUCAUCUGCCUUUUUUCAAGCAUCUACCACUCCCUGAAAAUACAUUUAUUUAUUUGCACCUCCAUGCGUACCACCCACCCACUCUAGAGUCAACUCCACGAAAGCAGGACCUCAUCAUUCUUGUUCUCCACUGUAUCUCCAGUAUCUAGAUUUGCACCUGGCACAAAAUGGGUAUCUAAAUAUGAGUUGGAUGAAUGAAUGAAUUCAUAGAACACAAUGAAAAUCUAUGCAGCAGUAUUAUAGAUUAGAUGUUAUGUGUGUGAUUGUAAAAUAUUAAAACUGGAAGGCUAGAGUUCUCUUAGUCCAAUUACCACAUAUUAAAGGUAAGGAAAAAAGUACAUCUGAUAUUGUCACAUAGGUGGUUAUGAAUGUAGAGAUAAUUGCUGAGAUUUCACAUGAAAGCCUCAUGAACUAGACAGAUUUGGACUGGAUGCCAAAAGAGUUGGUUGGAUUCAAAACUGAGCUCAACCAUAUCCUACAGCUAUUCAUUAAUGAACUGAUGACAGUCAGAAUAAGGUCUCAGUGACUUGGUGAGGACAUGUGUGUGCAAAUAAUGUUUUAAUGAGCACAGAAUGGGGGGAUGGUCAAUAACGAAUGGUGACAUAGGGUCACCAUCUUCAUUUUCCCACUUUACAUUAUUAGUUGAUUCCCCCACUAGUCAUUGCUAUUAUCUUCUUUGUAGCUCCAUGAGAGGGGUAUGGAGCUGAUCUGUGUCCUGUGUAUGUAACUCAGUGCCUGCCCAGUAGAUACUCAGUAAGAAUGUUUAAGAAAAGAGUAAUACAUCAUUAUAGGAUGAAAAUAAUCUCAUCAGGGGAUUUUUGGUAAGUUUAAGAAACAUUUCAUCGUUGUAAAGAGGUAGUGUAUAAUUUCUCUACAUUCCGUCCAUGCAGUUCACCAAAUUCCUUUCAAGAGUGGAACCAGCGUCAACAGUAGAUAUUCUGGUUCACUCAUAUUGGUGUGUGGGGUGUUAGGCAGGACUCCAGCUUGAGUGUUAGAGUCCUUGGCUCUAAGUCUGUCCAGCCAAUGGUUUGACAGAUAGCCAGCAUUUUAUUUAAGCUGCAGGACCUGAAAGUAAUGUUUAGAAAAUAGAGUUCUGUACAGUCUGUAUCCUCACUCGGGGUCCAGUUAUGCGUACCAAACUCAGGAAUGCCAAGUGCCCAGCACUGGGUCCGUGCCAGCUCCUCCGUUUUCAUCCAGCCUUUGUAUAUGAAACAGAUUGAUAGUGAAAUGGAGCCAAAGUGGCCGCAGGGGAUACAUCUCAGUCUGGGUCAUUCCUUAGAAGAUAUUCAAUCCUGCAGGUGAGCACUAAGUGUACCCCAGAACCCUGGGCCCCUAGGAGCACUAGGUUCCCUCUGGGCUCCUGGGACUUCUCAUGGGAGAGCCUGUGGACUAAGGUUGUCAUAGACAUGAAUAGAACUCUUGGCCUGCACAUGUAGCUUUGCAUGAGUUCUUGACGAGGCUUUCUUUGGGCAUGGAGGAAAGAGGGAGUGGGGCAGGUAGAGGGACACAGGAUGUGCCUAGAUCUCUCUGCAUUCUUAAGGAGGGGGGAUCUUUAAAACUCUGGUUAGUGUGUUCUGUGAUUUGAGGCAGAGAUUACUUGAGAUUACUUGAGAUGGCUGAAUGUAUGUAAAUUUUCCAGGUAGUCAUGCAUUUUUCUUCUGAACCUUUUCUUCAGUGUCAUUGGAUGUGAGGUUUGGUUUAGGCCAAGAGGUUGUGAAGAGAGCCCCGUUCCCUUAUGCCUGACUGUGGCUUACAGCUGGUAGCUAUUCCAAAUGAGCUAAUGGACAGGUGGUGGCAACUGGCCUGGUAAUGCCAUGCCGGAAGUCUGUUCUUUUCAUCCAAAACUGAGCCUUUUUUGAAACACAAAAUUAUGAUGACACUUUCAUAUAUUAGCCUGCCCUCUGACUGCUGAAUAUUACUUUUUGAGGACAUACGACAUCAAAUUUGCAAAGUUAGCAGAAAAGGCAAACAGUGGGGGCAAAUCUUAGAAACUGAUUCCAGCAAGGCAGCUCUCCUCUAACAGGCAUGGUGCUGUGCUGGUGGGGUUCCAGCAGCUGGCAACAAUUUGGAAGGCAAAUAUCAGCACCCUUUCUCCCUUAUGCCUGGUUUGCAUGGGUUGAUUCUGAUGCUUUCACAAGUCAGGAAGGAAACCUUUUCCCGGUGCUUUCUCCUGCACAGGCCCAAGGCCAGAUAGCCGUGCAUCACCCUGAUAAGUUUAGACCUUCAUGAGGUUGGAGGAGGAGGUGAUUGCAGGAGAACAGCCUGAAAAGAUAGAGAUGUGGGGCGGUCAGAGAGCAGCAGAGAUGAAAGAUGCGGAGAGCGCUGUCUAGGCAUUUAUUCUGUCCUCCACCCCUCUUCCUUCUUCAGAGAGGCCUCCCUGACUGUUCACUCAGAAAUCACCAGCUUAUUUCUCUGAUCACACACUAAUUCUCUGCAUACAGUUUAUAAAAAAAAUUUUAAUUGUGGUAAAAGACACAUAAAAUUUACCAUCAUAACCUUUUCUAAGUGUAUAGCUCAGUUGUGUUAAGUACAUUCACAUUGUUGUGCAGCCAUCGCCUCCAUCCAUCUCCAGCUGAAACUCUGUCCGCAUUAAACACUAACUCCCUAUUCCCCCCUCACCCCAGCCCCUGGCAACAAGCCUUCUACCUUCUGUUUCUAUGAAUCUGACUACUCAAGGGACCUCAUAUAAGUGGAAUCAUCCAGUAUUUGUUCCUUUGUGAAUGGCUUGUUUCACUGAGCACAGUGUCUUCAAGUUUCACCUAUGUUGUAGCAUGUGUCAGAAUUUCCUUGUUAAGUCUGAGUAAUAUUCCAUUCUAUGUGUAGACCACAUUUUGUUUACCCACUCAUCAGUUGAUGAACACUUGGGUUGCUUCCACCUUCUGGCUAUUGUGAAUAAUGCUGCAGUAAACAUGGGUGUACAAAUAUCUAUUUGAGACCCUGCUUUCAGUUCUUUUGGAUAUAUACCCAGAAGCAGGAUUGCUGAAUCAUAUGGACUCACUUUCUUCAUCUGUAAAACAAAAGCGUUGGCCCUCGAGGCCUGCUCUGAGCUCUGGGGCUGUCUCCAAUGAUGCUUGGCCUGGCUGCUGAGGAACAAGGGCCCUCAGAGCCCCCAGCCUGCGGGGACACUGUCACUGCAGUGCCAGUCUCUGUGACACUAAGAACAAGGCUGUCUUAGAAGAACGGGGAGCCUCCGGGGCUGCUUUGUUUCAAGCCCCUCCCCCGACUUCCAAAGAAGCAAACGUUUUGAGGAGGAAUAGGGAGAAAUGAGUUACUACAUUACAGAGUUCAUAGAUGUUGACUUUGUCCACUUUCUGUGGAGCCAGUGAGUUUUCCUUAUUCCCUUUCUCCAGCUCUAAGGCUUGUCUGCCUGCGGUGCCCGCCUGGCUGCCUCCUUUCCUCACCUUUCCUCUGGUCCUUUUCUAACCUCCUAAUGGCCUGCUUUCUGAGCCUUGGUGCAUCAAUGUCAUGACUAGUGUAGGGCUGAUGUUGAGAUGAGUCAUUUAAUGAAUCCAUCUUGCCAGGUAAUUACGGACCUAGGAGGAGGGAGGAGAGGUGUUGCUUUGUAAAGCCCAUUGAAGUCUCUUCUUCAUGUCCAGCAGAGACUGACCUCUGCAGGCGGGGAAUUUGAGAUCUGCAUCGUUUGGAGUGCGAUGCAUUUAAUUUGACAGCAUCUUCCUUGAAUUCAGAGCUGGGGUGCUGAUUGCGUAUCUUGGCAACCUAAUGGAUUAUUCUGCGGAUGUUCAUUAGAGAAGAUGAGCCGAAAAAAAUUAGGUGACCAGAUUUGCUCCACAACAUCCCAGCUCUAAUGCACCUGGAGACAAAGUGUUCUCUGAGGACUGUUUUGUUUUGAGGACAGGGGCUUUUGUUUCUCAUAUGGGCCAGUAGCAGGCACAUGUGUGGGUACCAUACCUAGGUGGACAGGGUUGUCCUGACCCCUGGUCAAGCACUCACUGUGACCUCAGAGGACUUCCCCAAGGAAUCUUAAGGGACUUUUAAGGGAGCCAAGACGAUUAGGUCCAACAGUGAGGGACAAGUCUAGUCUGUAAUAAACUCAACAGUUGUGUGGUUCAAUUAAGACAUCCGUGUCUUGGAACUUUUUGUUUUAUUGUGGUAAAAUACAUAUAACAUAAAAUUUACCAUUUUUAACUAUACUGUUCAGUAGCAUUAAGUACAUUCAUAUUGUUGUACAACCAUCACCACCAUCCAUCUCAGAACUCUUUUCAUCUACCAAAACCAAAACUUGGUAUGCAUUGAACACUAGCUUCCUGUCCUCCUCCCCCCACACCCUGGCAACCACCAUUCUCCUUUCUGUCUUGAUGAAUCUGACUACUCAUAGAGGUGCCUCAUAUAAGUGAAUCAUCUAGGAUUGUCCUUUUGUGACUGGGUUAUUUCACUGAGCAUAAUAUCUUCAGAGUUUGUCCAUGUUGUAGCAUUGUCAGAAUUUCCUUCCUCUUUAAGGCUGAAUACUAUUCCAUUGUGUGUAUAUACCACAUUUUGUGUAUCCAUUCAUCUGUUGAAGACACUUGGGUUUCUUUCCCCUUUUGGCUGUUGUGAAAAUGCUGCUAUGAACUUGGCUGUAUAAGUAUCUGUUUGAGACCCUGCUUUCAAUUCUUUUAGGUACUUACUCCAAAGUGGAGUUGCUGGAUUAUAUAGUUUUGAGGACUUUUAUUCUUUGGAGACUGUCUUUGAAGAUCUGGCCUAACUUACUGUAAGCAUUAAUAAAUAAAAGUAUUAAUAAAUAAAAGUUUACGUUGACGUUUUUCAGAUAAAAGUAACAGGCAAAAAUGUGGUCAUUAUUUUGUAAUUAAAGUACAAGUUUGAAUAGGUGGCGUGAUGAUGAAACCAGAAGGCAGUGCUUUUUCUAUGUUUUGUUUUCCAUGUAGCAUCGUGUAUAUCCAUGUUUAUUCUUGUCACUAGAAAAAUGUGUUUUUUAACUGAUUCUACUGAUAUGAUUUACAAGUAUGUAUAGCAUUCAUAGUUUUCACUUAUCUAUACUUUUAAAGAAUUAAGAAGCAUUUUUAGAUAGAAUGCUUGUUUAAAAUGAGUCUGAUAGAUUGAAAUCUAUUAUUAUAAAGUUGACAUAUGGUAGAAGAUUCUUUAUUUUAGAGAUAGAGCAUCUGCUUUGCAAAGAUUGGCCAUGCAAUGUCUUUACAAUUAUAAGCUCUACUAGUACACUGAUGUUUAAUUCAACGUACAAAAAAUUGAUUUACACAAAACUUUUGUGUUGCUGCUCAUAGCAGUGUGUGGUCAGUAAGCGUCUGCGGUGUUAACAAAGUGCCUUGUGAUGUUGGCCUGACACCGUCUUGAUUUUGUUUGUUUGUUUAAGUAGGAGUGGUGGACAUCAUUGCUACGUGGGUGCAGGAGCUGGCAUUGCUCUCAACCCUGCAGAAACCUGAGGGGACUUAAGGAUAGCAGAGUAAACUGAUGCUGCUGCAGCAAGAAGGAUCUUUUUAAAAGACCACUCUGAUCACGUCUCAUUACUCCCUGGCUUAAAUCUUUCGAAGGCUCCCGUUGCUUUGAGAAUAAAGCACACAUUUUUCUCUGUGGCUGAUAAGGCUUCAUCGGGUAGCCCUAGUGGACCCUCUCCAGUCCUGCUUUCCUUACUCUCUGCCUCAUAUGCUGGUUUCAGUUCCUCGAAAACUUUGUAAUCUGUUGCAUCGCUGAACUUUUGUACAGGCUGUUCUUUGCUAGAACAUUCUUCUAUGACUUUUUCUCAGAGUGAAAUUUGCUCAUCAAGUCCUCAAGUGACACACGUGCCACUUUUUCUAGGGAUUUUCUCUGGACCCUCACAUCUGAGUUAGUGGCUCCUGCAGUGUGUCCAGAGCACUCUCCCCUGUCCUUGUGACAGAACCAUAGUGCUCAUCACAUGGAUUCUGCCUGCAGAAUUCAGUUUGAUUAAAUCUUGCAUAGAUAUAAAAAUACUAAUAAAACACGUCAGAUAUAGAGGAUUCUGAUGCUGUGCACAUUUGUUUUAGAGGAAGAAUAGGAUCCUAGUUUUGAAGUGCCCUGUGUGUCCCCCCAGCCAACUCACCUCCCUCCACCCACCCAGGAACCAGACUCUGGCUUUUGUGGUACUCCUUCCCUGCUUUUCUUUAUAACUUUGCCUCAUCCGUUAGGAUCCGUGAACAAUAUAUCAUGUAGUUUUGCAUGUUUUUGACAUUUCAGUAGGUUGGAUGUAUUCUUCUGUAUGUUUUUUUCCCUCAGCAUCAUUCCUGAGGUGCAUCUAUGUUGGCCUUUAUAGCUGUGAUUCAUUCGUUUCACUGCUGUGUGAAGGUACAGCCAUUAUUUGGCCUGUAAUUGCUUUUUUACGCAUCUGUAUUCCCUCUCUUUCCCUUAUGCACCCAUCUUUAUCCCAACACACAAUUUUAAACUCCCAAAGAAUAGAGAUUGAGUGUAUCUUGCUCAUUGUUUUGUCCCAGAAUCUAGCAUGUAAGGAAAUAUUUGUUAAAUGAAACCUAUGCCCUUUGGUCUGAGGGUCUGCCUGUGAGUGGUAAUCGACAACAGUACCAUUCUCGUUUGGUGAAAGCUCUUUCCUCCCAAGGCCUUCCCCUGCCACAGUACUCUAGACCAGAGCUCAGCAAACUUUUUCUGUAAAGGGCCAGAUGGUCAAUAUUUUAGGCUUUGUUGGCUAUAUGGUUUCUCUCAUAACUAUUCAAUUCUGCCACUGCACUGUGAAAGCAGCCAUAAGCAAUACAUAAACAAACGGGUAUUCUAAUAAAACUAUUUACAAAAAUAGACUUUGGGCCGAAUUUGGCCCAUAGGCUAUAGUUUGCCAACUUCUGUUCUAGAGGACGUCCCUGUUUGGAAGGGAGGACAGUACUGCUACUAGGUCAAUGAGAGGAAGCCUUGAUCACACCUGUGCCUUCCAGGGGACCAAACAGAGUGGGCUUGUGGCACCUUAUAAGGCCAUAAGGGACAACAAUAUGGCUGUAGACAAGGUGGAAAGGUAGCAAUUUUCAGACUAGGACCAAAGUGCAUCUUCAAGGUCAACGUGUUAUGUAUAUAGACUAUGUUGCAAAGCCAUGAAUAAGAAUACUACUACAGUAUUUGAGUUGCAGGCUGGGACAGGGUUUGGAUAUCCAUCUCACCAUCUGUCAUCCUGCUCCUUUCUCCUCGGGCUCAUCUCCAGCAUCUGAGACUUGAGCCUGUCUGGCUCUGAGUACAGAGAACUGAGAGUUGGCGUCUCAACUCUGUCAAGCAUACAGAAUAUAUUCAGAUGGAGAAAAAUUGUCUUUAUGUUUGUUGAAUUGAGCAGAGCAGCUUCUUUGAAGAGUUCUAAGUACAAGUGGAGGAACAACCUUUACUAGGUCAUUUUCCUUACGUUAGAGUGGACCCCGUUGAAUUCAUGAUAUCAGGGAAAGCCAGGGAGAAUGUUGCCGUGAAAGAGCGCAGGCUUGGGCAGACAGAUUAGAAUCCUGGGUCAAUCUUGGUCUUCUUAUUGUUUUAGUGGGGAUACUUAUACUUACCCCAGAGGAUUAUUGUGAGGAAUAUGACUUGCUCAUUGUGGUAGUAAAUUAGUUUGAAAGAAGUGUGGCUAGAGGGAGGUCAAGAUGGUAAGGAUAAGAAAAAUAGUAGGAACAACAAACAGCGAUGCUUAUUUAGCACUGCCAGGCACUGUUCUAGCUCUUUACUCCUCAUUCCAUCCUCACAGUGACCCCAGGGGAAGGUACUAUUAUUAUCCCCCUCUUACAAGUUGGUCACUUGGCCAGGGUUGCUUGGCUAGUAAGUGGUAGAACCAAGAUUGAGACACAGUGUCUAGCUGGAGAAUUGCCUCUCCACCAUGACACUGCUUCUCACUGUGUUGGUACUGAUGCUUUAGGUUUGGCUAUUGUUUCAUUGUUGUUGGGGAGUGGUACUGAAACCCCUCACAACUGAGGUACCUAGUCAGCCCCCCUCUGCUCUCCUGUAGUUGAUCAUGCCCAACCCAUGGCAGAAUAGACAAAAGCUGCCCUAGCGAAAGGUCCGUGAAAAAAAAUCACAGUAUAAAAUUGAAGAGCACUGAGCCCCCACUGUGAUGCAGAUGCCAUUCAAUGGCCAGGUAGAUGUUGCUAAGCCAGGGUUCUGGUUCUCGCCUCCCUGAGAUGCGUGCCUCAGUGCCUCACAGGGACAAUCACAGCGAGGGUUUUAAUUAGUCCCAGUGAUGGUUCUGGGGCGCCGAUGAAGGAGAUACAGCAAGUGGUCCCGAAACAUCAGCCAUUUCUCUAAGAACACAAAGCAUCCAGGAAAUCAUGUCAGUGUCUUCACACAUGAUGUGUAUUUGAAGCAUUUUUGAAGAAUCAGCUCCACAUAACAAAAUGUGAAAGUCAUUGGUGCCUUUUUUCAAUAUUUCCCUUGAGGUUGUGCAGGUCCAUGUGUCUAGUUCUGGCCAAUGACCUAUGAGCAGAAGUGACAUGUCCAUUCUGGGCUGGAGCAUUUAGUCACUAUGAGAGACAUCCUAGGCUCCAGCACAUCAACCAGCAGCACUCAAGAUGGUGGCUGCUCUUUCAACUUGCAUCCCCAAGUGACAGUGAUGAGCAGAGCCCCCCACCAACCCUUAGUGGGCGUGUAGCAUGAGCAAGAAACAAACUUUUGAUGUUUUAAGCCCCUGAAAUUGAGUUGUUUGUUACUGCAGCAUGACAUAACCCAGGACUAAUAUAUAAACCCCCUGCAGUUUUCUGUCCUUGCAAACAGCUUGCUUGUACCAUUUUCUUAUGUCUUUACAUGAGUUAGGACUAGCAUGAAAGAAUGUUAGUGUUGACUUUGGGUGUAUAGAGUUUUGUAAAGAGUAAAUAAGUUCCAAAAGUGCAGUCCAGUUCCAUAGGACUUUGUACAUAUUGAUUGUAUGUAUUGAUAAAUCUACCAAAAUGUCUGGUGUCAUGAUAAUGUCAAGAAAUGUUUGUUUCACUGGUCAGUGUAUUGUUAAGGGACUGAAAUGUAUGUAAACACUAUCAACUGAUGUAUCCACAUCAGUCACUCUCUUGAGUAUUCUUCAUAUCAAUCCCUUAUUAUUGUGGUUUGAAAUAGUUCUUUAUAGGAAGAUCUUCUACUAACAUCUUUCCCAACUGUGUCAGAUAUUACAGGACAGGUUAAUGUAGGCAUUAUCAUUUCUAUUUGCUCGAACUGGUUCCUGUCCAUUUGAAACUUUCAUCUAAACAUUUCUAAAAUCUGCUUAACUUGUUGGGUUUGGGCCAACUGUUCACUCCAUUGGCCCUGUAGAAUUAGUGUAUUGCUCACAUAUUGAGCACUGCUCUGGCCCAGAAUGUGUUGUCUAUUACUUGUGUCUUAAAUAGUUAUCAUUUAGGACUUCUGUUCCUUUCACCCUCUCUCCCCCUUAUCCCUCAUCAUGUUUUUCAUGGUUUCUGUUUCUCUUGCUCACACACAGGCAUCCUCUCUCUCUCUCCUCAAAGAUAUAAAUUGAUCCUGUUCUAAGAUCCCUAAUGCUGGGGAAAUGUCUGCACAUUGUGCAUCAUCCCUAACGAAUGGAACUGCAGGAACCCUUUCACACGCUUCUGCUGGGAACGAGGGAGGCUUGCUGAGUAGUUGUCGGUAUCUGAGCCCACCUCAGCUGUGUGGCUUCAGUUUGAAUUGCAGAAGUUUCUGCCUUAAGCACGUUCUCUGGAGGUUUAGGUUUUAAACUUGCAUUCAAGGUGAUAUGGAACGCGGGUAGAAUUAGUGGGAGAAACUUAAUAUCAGGGGAAAGGAAAAACAGCAGCAUUCCAAUACCCACAAGUUUUCUGUGCCUGUCUCUUUCCCGUGAGCUAAAAUUUCCAAAACCGAGUAGAAGCGCUGUCUGUCCUCCUCUCCCCCUGCCCCAGGCCUGCAAGUAUAAUACCUUGCAUUUGCUCAUGGUGGUCUUUAGUUCAUUGACGGUGUCCCAUAGUAUGAGAUAUAAAUUUCGUUGUCGACAAGGAGAAGCACACCCUGAACUUUCUCAGGGAGCAUCUGAUGAGUUUUAAAGUUUAUAGAUUAUCUUUAGAAAGGUGGGCCUUUCUCUCAGAGAACUUCCUCCAAUCCAGUAGGCUGUAAGAGUUUUGCCAAGAAGAAAGAGCACAUUUGGCGGAGAAGACACACUUUGGUAGAGGAGAAGAAUGUUGUAAAUUUCUGCUCUAGUCUACACUCAGCAUUACAGAAUAGAGCUGGUCACACAGGCCGGCCAGUUAUGGGAGAGAAUCUCCAGGGAGCUCAUUGAGGGAAUUAGACUUACAUCAUGGAGAAAACAGAGCAGACAGGGGCAGGCUGGCAGGCCCAGACCACGCUGUCCUAUAAAGACAGGUUUCUUGAACUGUAAGUUAGCACCCAGACCACAGUCCAGCACAUCCAUCGUGUUAAAAUCUGACACUAUGGGAGUUAAAAUACCUAAGGCUGGUCAGAUGGUGUCUGAACCAGGGUCAGAACUCAAACCUCCUGAAUGGCUGUCUAAUGCCCCUCAAAUAGUGAAGGGUGAUCACAGUUGUCAGGGAAUAUACAAAAGGAAAGGAGGGCCAGCCUCGUGGCUUAGCAGUUAAGUGCGCGCACUCCGCUGCUGGCGGCCCAGGUUCGGAUCCCGGGUGCGCACCGACGCACCGCUUCUCCGGCCAUGCUGAGGCCGCGUCCCACAUACAUCAACUAGAAGGAUAUGCAGCUAUGACAUACAACUAUCUACUGGGGCUUUGGGGGGAAAAUAAAUAAAUAAAUAAGGAAAGGAAAUGAUGGCUCCUCAAGGGAAAUGGAGACGUAUUACCUGAGCAGUAAUAACAGCAAUUGUUACUUGGUAAAAAGUUUUGUUUAAAUGCCCCUCAAGUCUUGUAGGAGUAAGUGCUGAUACAUGUGCUGAGGUCUUUAUGUCCUCUUGCCUUUAAUUCCUGAGAGAACUAUCCAGGUUCUCAUGUCCGUACUUGAUGGACUUUUGACCACAUUGACCUCUGGCCUCCCAGCACACCCACCUGACAAGUAUGGGCCCAGCCAGAGGGGCAAAGCAUCCGAGGUCAGCUGAGCAGGAAGCUGUUGGUAAUGCCGCAUGUUAAAGGAGUUGAGGGCGUGUAGGAAUUAGUCACACCUGUGUUAGGUAUGGGCUGUCAUUGCCAGUUCCAGGUAAUGAUGUCGCCCAGCCCUUCACACACCCUAGACAUCCUUAUGUGUGUGUCCUGGUCUGUGUGGAGCCACUCACAUGUACUGCCUGACAGCGGUGUCCUCAGUCCCGCAAACUGUAUAUCCUGUUGCUGUUGUAGCGGCCGCUAGGCUGUGGAAGGGACUUGAGGUGCUCAAGGAGCGGCCUUCUCUGCAGGAGAUAAGACUCUGGAUGUGAGGCUACAUCUCUACUUCCCGGGGCCACUCCUGGUCUCAUUAGUCCUGCCUAGAGUGUCUCCAUAGUCUCCUGACUGGUUUCCCUGCCCCAGCCUCUCCCUCUCCCAGCUCUGCUCUGGCUGCCCUCAUCUUUCUAGAGCACAGCGCAGAUCAGUCUGGUUCUGCAGCUUAACAGCCAGCGUUCACGACAACACACACUUAAGGAGCACAGUUUUACUUGUUGGUUACCGUGUGGUGGCAUGGGGGUGAUGGCACUAAAGCUAGGGAAAGUGGUGCCUGCCUUCAUGCUGCUUACAGACUGGAGAGGGAGAAACAUCCGCACUCAGUCCCCACCGUUCAGGCACAAGGCGGGCAGUGGCUGAGGCCCCCCCCGGAGGGGGCGUGCUCUGAGCGAGGGAGGGCUCCUUCAGGUUACUGCCCGUUGUUCUCCUUCCUACAUUCCCUCCUCUUUACUCUCUACACCCAGUCCUCUUCUCCACGCCCUCAUUUGUGCCCUUCCUUCUACCUGAAAUGCCCUUCUUCCUCUGUCCACCAUUUGCAUUUCCACAUUCUACCCAUUUCUCUUUGGGCCAACUCACAAGGCCCUUUUUCUUUUCUUUCUUUAAAUAUGGAAUGCUUCAUGAAUUUGCAAGUCAUCCUUGCACAGGGGCCACGCUAGUCUUCUCUGUAUCGUUCCAAUUGUGGUACAUGUGCUGCUAAAGUGAGCACAAAAGGCCUUUUUCUUUACAAAUCUUCCCAUCCCCCGACCCCCAAGCUGGCGUGGGGCCAGGCUUUCUCUUUGAACCCCCACCCAGCUUUACUUUUGCCUCUCUCACUAUCCACGUCACGUCUCUUUCCAGCUAGCCUACAAGUAAAUAUGUGUCCCAUCGGUUUUUGUGCAAAUGACCCAACGCAGUGUUUGUACAGUGAACUGCACCUAAGUACACUGAACUGUGUUUAACAGACAAUAAAAUAUUUGUAUAAGUGAAUGAAUUAAAGAUUAGUGUGGGGUGGUUGAAAGUCAUUGGAAAUUUAGGAGAAGGGAAGAAGGAUAUGAGCUUUGAGAGAUGGGAAAGUCUUCCUGUAGGAAGGAGGGCUUGAGAUGGAGGUAUUUAGUGUCAGAGAGACAAGAAAACACAUUUUGUACUGAAAGGGAUGCAUAGUGACCGAAAUGGGAGCUAC